AUGGCUUGUACUGAAAACGUCCUUGGAAGGCAUACCACUUCACCCAUAGUGGUAGCCAUGGACAAAAAUGGGAGGCAAGAGCUGCACCGGGACAUGCCCAAGCAAUGUCUGAGCUCCUUGCUGAAGGAAGAUGCAGAAGUCUGGGGCCACGCUCACGUCCCACUGAGACCUUCUUUCAAUGUCCUGACAAGAGAGCAACUGGAGCUACCCUCUGAGCUAGCAGGAGCCUGCAUUCCUGUUGAUAGUUCCAGAGCUCUUAGACAGUCUUACAGGCCACCACCUGCUGCUGCGGAAGAGUACCUAGCAACAGCAGAAAUAAACAGUCGUGAGGGGCUGGCAGGCCGGAGGCAGAAGGAUCAGGAUUCUAUUAAUGUUUCCCGAGAUGUCUCUGGCAGCCCUCUUUCACUGAAGGAAGGGAGGCCAAGAGUCAGCAAUGGAGGCAUUGAGAGAGGUGGCCAGAAUGCCAGAUUUUAUGUGACUUUGCCAAGGGGUACAGGAUCCUUUCCACGCAGGGGCCCACAAAUAAGACGUCCUCCACAUAUCCCCACCCUUAGAUCCGGGGUAAUGAUGGAGGUAUCUCCAGGAAAUCCUAGAAUAGCCAGCCAGGGAAGGUUGGCUCAAGUUUCCUUCCCACCAGGGGGCCCACAACACCCUGUGGAUAGGUGGCAAAGACCUAUCCCAUUGUCUUCCAGUACUCCAAGUUUAUCUCCUCCCAGUACUGCUCCUUGCUUUGCGCCUUCUCAGUUUCUGAGUUUCAACCCCCUUCUCACAAUACCUAUUGCUUUUGCUCCUCCUCCAAUAUUUGCUCCACCAUUGCCCUCUUAUUUUGCUCAUUUCUACUCUGGGGGUAUGCUGUCUGCUUCAUCCUCAAACGGAGAGCACAACUAA